AUGGGCGGCAUUUCCAUGGAUUGCAAGGAAAACGGUGUUAGUGAUCCUGAGAAAGCGAGUUCGCCUUGCCACAAUAUAGAUUUAGUCAGUAGUUUGGCGACUCCCCAGGUUGCAUCAGUUAUAAACCCUACGAUGGAGUCCCAGGGGAAUUGCUUUAUAGAGAUUGAGCAAAUAGGAGACGGAAACAGUAUCAUUGAAGAACGUGGUGAAAACUCUGAUGGCGGUUUAGCUGUUUGCUGCAAUGCUAAUGACAGUCAGAAUCAGGGAGUGGUUUCAGAUGGAGUUGAGCAAACUCAAGGAUCGAUAUCUGAUGAUGUUUUAGUGGUAGAUUGCAACAAGCAGGAUGAUGGAAAGGAAAGUCAGGACACGAACUUUUCCCGCAUACCCGCUGUGUCUGGUGACACAAUAUUGCCUCUAGGAGUCAGUGAAACAGAUAUUGAGUCGACUUUUAUUAAUGAUGCACCUGAACAAUUUGAGUUUUUGGAAACUGCUAAGGACAUUAACAAUGUUGGAGUUGGAAGUGCUGGUAUUAUCUCCAACUUUGAUGGUGGAGGCAAGGAAGGAGGAAAUGAACCAUCAAGCGAUCAAGAAGAUGGUUUAUCUUUCAUUCGGAGUUGUCCGUAUCCAGAUCCAAUAUUGGAUUCUGGAGUUUUUAGCUGCAGUGCCACAGAGAAUUAUAUGAAGUCUUCAAGUGAAAUUGAAGGCGUUAUGCCUCUCGUGGAAUCCCCUUCAUUAGCUAUCACCGAAAUGUUAAGUAAUGAUGACGGGGGGCUAUGUUCAUAUGAUCUUGACGACAUCGCAGACACAGAGACGAUGAAUCCAGUUUUGAAGUUGGUUCAUCAGGAUGAGCUUCAUACUGAUCUUUCUGAGAGGAGUGGAAAACUGCUAAAGAACCAUGUUGGGGAUACAUCAAGUGAAAGCACUGUGGUCGCGCUGAGUAUGAAUAAUGAUAUGGCUGCUGAACUGAGAGAUGAAGAUUUCAGUCAUAUAUCACCCAUUGAUGAAAACACCUUAGGUAUGGAAGCCAAAUCCCCUAUUACUGACUCUUCUUUGAUAUGGGGUUUACCAUUGAAGUUUGGUAAUGGAGGGAUCGAAGCUCGUAAUCCUGACAAUGCAGUUGAGCCACUCAGUAUAGUCGAUGGAAAUGGCAGAAUAGGCGGUGAAGUUGCUUCUGCAUCCGGGACUAAUAUUUCUGGGACUGCCCAGUCUUCAUCGCGAAGGAGGGCCCGAAAUGGUAAACAGAGUAAUAUGGCACAGGCCAAAAGGAGUGCUCCUAAUCAGAGAAAAACCUCUAAAAAUAAACAAUCAGAAAGAAAACUAGAAUCAAUUUUCAAGUGCUCAAAGCAGAAGAGGACCUCUGUUUCCAAACCAGGCCGUUCAUCUCAGUGGGGAUUACCAAGUAGGACCGCUGAAAUCUUCUUACAGAGCAAUAAUAUUCCUUAUGAUGGACAGCCACAUCACGACCCACAGCAAUGUCAAAGCAAUCCUAAAAAUGGAGAGCAUAGUAUAUCUCAGAACGGAUAUGUAGAAGGAUCUAACAGAAACAUCCAAGCAUCAAGUGGCUCUUGCCUUCGUUUGAAAGUUAAAUUUGGUAAAUCAGGUGGCCAAAAUCCUCUGAACAUUACAGUCUCCAAGGUCAGUGGUAACUCUUUGCCUGCUAAUGGUAUUGUUAAAGCGGGAACAGGUUUAGAGUUUCCAGAGCCAGCAGAUGUUGUCGAGGAUAAACUCCGAACUGUGGAAACUAGAGAGCAUUUAGAAGAGGAAAGCCAUCCUGUGGAGAAACUUUCAUAUCGGCUAUCAUCUGAUUCUAUUAGGGAUGACAAAGAUAACCAAGACGCUGGGGGGUUGUGUAGGAAGCUGGGUGGUGAUGUUUUAGAUGAGGACCCACACCUUUCCUCUAGAAUUAUUGUUGAAGAGUGCGAGAGGGCCACUGGAAUCCAAUCCCUGGACGCUGAAACUUCACCAGAUUCAGAAGUUAUUAACUCUGUGCCUGAUUCCAUUGUCAGUAUUGGACUUAAAGAGGGUUUGCAUCAUGGUUUUUUCAGCACUCUAGAAGAUGUGGCCAACAACAAGAACAGAGAAUUAGAAAAAGAAGAUGAGUUGCUUGCUUCAAGAUCUCCUUUGGAAAAUGGUUCACAACUAAUUCCCAGCGCAAAAAAAGGUAAACAUCCCAAGUCAAAAGGUAAUGGAACAAAGAAAGGGAAAUCCAAGUUUUCCGAAUCUGCCAAAGACAGGAGAAAAAAUGAAUCUCACGAGGGUUUAGAGCAACGCAAAUCCAUUAAUAGGAGUAUUGGAAGGGAUGGUAGUGAUUAUCAUGAAGGAGGGAGAAUAGAGUCUCACGAAACAACAGGUGCUCUUCUAGACGUUGAUAUUGGAAAAACCAGUGCUAUUAACGGUGCCAUAUCAUCAGAUGGGAUCCAUGGGGAAGCGGUCAUGGAUGUCACUAUUGAGGAUACAGAGAGUGCCUGGGUUCGAUGUGAUGAUUGCUUCAAAUGGCGACGAAUACCUGCUUCUGUUGUAGGAUCAAUCGACGAGAGCUCGAGAUGGAUCUGCAUGAACAACUCGGAUAAAGAGUUUGCUCAUUGCUCCAUAGCCCAAGAGAUGUCAAAUGAAGAUAUUAAUGAAGAAUUGGGCAUAGGACAGGAUGAAGCAGAUGCAUAUGACUGUGAGGCGGCUAAAAAGGGGAAAGCCAAGGAACAGAAGAGCAAACGUUUGCCAGGUAACCAAAAGGCGUGCUUUAAGGCUAUAAAAACAAACCAGUUUCUUCAUCGUAACCGCAAAUCUCAAACAAUUGACGAGAUAAUGGUUUGCCACUGCAAACCAUCACCUGAUGGUAGGCUGGGUUGUGGAGAAGAAUGUCUCAAUAGAAUGCUUAACAUUGAAUGUCUUCAUGGUACCUGCCCGGCUGGCGAUCUGUGCUCAAAUCAGCAGUUUCAAAAACGGAAGUAUGUUAAGUUUGAGAGAUUCCAAUCUGGCAAGAAGGGUUAUGGCCUGAGAUUGCUCGAAGAUGUACGGGAGGGGCAAUUCCUUAUUGAAUAUGUUGGAGAGGUGCUUGAUAUGCAAUCCUAUGAGGCUCGUCAGAAGGAUUAUGCUUCCAUGGGUCAGAAACAUUUCUAUUUCAUGACACUCAAUGGGAAUGAGGUAAUAGAUGCUGGUGCAAAGGGAAAUUUAGGGCGUUUCAUUAAUCACAGCUGUGAACCAAACUGUCGUACUGAAAAGUGGAUGGUGAAUGGUGAAAUCUGCGUGGGAAUUUUCUCCAUGCAAGACCUUAAAAAGGGCCAGGAGUUGACAUUUGACUACAACUAUGUGAGGGUUUUUGGUGCUGCUGCCAAAAAGUGCUAUUGUGGAUCAUCACAUUGCCGAGGUUAUAUUGGGGGAGAUCCUCUGAACGGUGAUGUAAUUGUUCAAAGUGAUUCAGAUGAAGAGUAUCCUGAACUUGUGAUCCUUGAAGAGGAUGAAAGUGGGGAAGUAAUCGUAGAUGCAACGCCCAGGAUUUUCAUUGAUGGUACUGACAUGCAAAUGCAACAGAACUCAACAAAGGUUAAUGAUUCCAAGGACCCUGCUUCUGAUUCCCAAUCACAGAGCUCAGUUUCUGUAAAUCUUCCAGAGAAAGAAAUUCUUCCAUCUCUUCAACCAACUGAAGUGUCGAAGGAACUUUCAACGGUAAUGCCUGUUAGUGCUGUCCAGCAAGAGGUUCCUGUUGAAAAGAAGACUAAAAGCGCAUCUCCCACGUCCAGUUCUCUCAGCAGACUUUCUUCGGAUGGUGCAAAUGCUGAUAAGACGAUAAAGCAUGGAUCGGGUGAAGAUAAGAAGAUACUUCCACGACCCCGUCCUCGUAUGAAAACUUCUCGUUCAUCUGGGUCUAGUAAGCGAGACAAAGGAGGUAAUCUUCCUGGUGUUAGCAAAGCACAGAUUAUACCAGUCAAUAAGUUGCAACAGCAGCCAAUCAAAUCUAAAGGAUCAGAGGAAGUUUCUCCCAGCGGGCUUGAAGGGAAACUGAACGAGUUACUAGAUGCUGUUGGAGGGAUAAGCAAGCGGAGGGAUUCAGCAAAAGGCUACUUGAAACUUCUGCUGCUCACUGCCGCUUCCCGAGGCAAUGCCAAUAAUGAAGGAAUCCAAAGCAAUCGAGAUCUUUCAAUGAUUCUUGAUGCCCUUUUAAAGACAAAGUCACGAACUGUUUUAGUGGACGUGAUCAACAAGAAUGAGUAUCUUGCUACAAGGGAAAUUCUUGCACUGGAGCAUAUAAUCAGAAGACCCCCUUGUGCAGGGAUGGAAAGCUUUAAGGACUCUAUUCUAACACUCACUGAGCAUGAUGACAAACAGGUUCAUCAAAUUGCACGGAACUUCCGAGACAGAUGGAUCCCUAAGCCUUUUAGAAAACCUUGGCGCAUCGACAGGGAUGAGAGAUCGGAGUCUAGAAGAUCACCUAUUAACAGCAGAUUCAGAGCAUCACAAGAACCUAGAUAUGAUCAUCAUUCGCCAAGACCUGCAGAACCAAAAGCGUCUGUCAUAUCACCAACGGCUGCAACUCCUGAAACAGCCUCUGUAUCUGAGGGUUGUUCAGAACCUAGUUCCAGUCUUCCCGAGACAAAUGGACGUAAGCGCAAAAGCAGAUGGGACCAGCCGUCUAAUACAAAAGAACAAAGAACAGACGUAACUAAUGGCAAUCAGGAUGUGCAAGACGAUCUUCCACCUGGGUUUUCAUCGCCAUGCACGGAUGCGCCUGAUGCAGUUACCACCGCACAGCCGCAGCAAAAGUUCCUUUCUCGGUUACCAGUCUCCUAUGGGAUCCCGCUUAGCAUCGUUCAUCAAUUCGGUUCACCUGGCAAAGAGGACCCGGCGAGCUGGUCUGUUGCUCCUGGGAUGCCGUUCUAUCCAUUUCCACCUCUACCGCCUGUUUCUCAUGGUGAGUUUUUCGCUAAGAGAAACGGUGCAGUCUGUUCCUCCUCCAUGGGAAACCCGACUUGCUCCAGGGAGACCUUACCGGGUGCAACUGUGCCCAACAAGUCCUCUUGGAGCAUCCCAAGUGUUGCUGGGACUGACUCAACCGCUCCAAACCGGAAGAGGGAGUUUUCGUCUGAUAUAGGAACAAGUUACUUUCGGCAACAGAAACAGAACGUUCCUCCAUGGAUGCGGAACAACGGGUGGGAAAAAACAGCAAACAGCCCUAUACCUGGGAGUCUAACUUUAGAGAAGAAGCUCAACAAUUAA